CUAAUUGUUAAGAUAUGACAACAUACAAUCAAUUAUAAACAACAUACGAUCAAUUAUAAACUUAGAUCUCAAUAAUGCAUUACUGUUGUUUAAUUAUCUAUGCCAUUAUCCUGCUGAUUGGCAUAGGCAAUUGUAAAACUGACGAUAGUCCUGGUUUCUUUUUGAAAAUUACCAAAAAUGUACCACGUUUGGGACGAAGAUCGGAUAAGGAGUUUGAAAGUAGUUUUUUGAAAAACUACAAAGCUAUACCCAGAAUGGGUAGAAGUGUAGAAAGUACGGACAACUAUUCCACACUUACGAACUGGUUGAAUGAACAAUCCUAUCUAAAGCAACUCAAUAAACGUAUGCUAAUAAGUUCUUCACGCAUCACCAUGCCCGAACAUGAACUCAGUGUUGUACAACCGGUUAAUUCUAAUACUCUAAUCGAAUUAAUUGACAAGGAUGCUAUACCUAGUGAUAAUGUUAAGUUUGUUCAUUGGAAAGAUUUCGAUCGUGCUCUACAACUGGAUGCUGAUCUAUAUGGAAAAGUUAUUACAUUAGGACGUCGUCCCGAUCAACGUUUGAAACAGGAUCUAAAUAUAGGCGGUUAUAUGCCUCUAUUCGGCAGAGGUUUGGGUAAAGAUGAUGGAACUGAUUAUAUGCUUUAUAAUCAAGCUGACAUUCAGGAUGGGAAUUUUAACUCUGAUAUCUUGCGUUAUAAUCGUGUUUAGUUUAUUGUGGUAAAAAAAUGGAUUAAAUACUUUGUUUAAGAUUUAUUAUAGUUUGGUGAUGGUGAAUAUUUAGAAUAUAUUUGUAUGUAUUUGUAAAUUUUAAUGAGAUGAGCAACUUCUCUUACAAGAAUUCUAGUCUUAGUUGUAAGUCAAAUACAGAUCCAUGGAUUUUUAUUAUAUAUGAGUAUUAUAUUAAUAUUAAUAAAGUGAUGUUUGCACAAUAAUAUA